AUAACCAAUCACAUCACUCGUAUUCUCUAUCUAGAAUUGAAGGUUGCAAGGGUCCAUCCAUUCCUCCUUUGCCGUCAAUUCAAUUUUAAGCGAGGUCUUUUUUAAUUUGAAGAACAUAAUCUAUCGUUAUGGCCGCCUACAAGCUGGUGCUGAUCCGCCACGGAGAGAGCAACUGGAACCAGGAGAAUCGAUUCUGUGGCUGGUUUGACGCUGAUCUGAGCGAGACUGGAGAACGGGAGGCGAGAAAAGGAGGACAGGCCCUGAAAGAUGCUGGCUAUGAGUUUGAUGUGUGCUAUACAUCAGUAUUGAAGAGGGCCAUCCGCACCCUCUGGCUGUGUCUUGACAGCAUUGACCAGAUGUGGCUUCCUGUCCACCGGACAUGGCGCCUCAACGAGCGCCACUAUGGUGGCCUGACGGGCUUAAACAAGUCAGAGACUGCAGCCAAGCAUGGAGAGGCUCAGGUGAAGAUCUGGAGGCGGAGCUUUGAUAUCCCCCCUCCCACCAUGGACCCUGACCAUGACUUCUACACUAUAAUAAGCAAGGACCGUCGUUAUGGUGACCUAUCCGAGGAGCAGCUGCCGUCCUGCGAGAGCCUGAAGGACACCAUCGCCCGUGCACUUCCCUACUGGAAUGAUGAGAUUGUGCCCCAGAUCAAGCAGGGCAAGAGGGUUCUCAUUGCGGCCCACGGCAACAGCCUCCGGGGCAUUGUCAAGCAUCUUGAGGGUAUGUCUGAGGAGGCCAUCAUGGAGCUCAACCUACCCACCGGCAUUCCCAUCCUGUAUGAGCUGGACAAGAACCUGAAGCCUGUGAAGCCCAUGCAGUUCCUGGGGGAUGAGGAGACUGUCAGGAAGGCCAUGGAGGCUGUGGCAGCCCAGGGCAAAGCCAAGAAGUAGAGAAAGGUGUGGGGGGGGGACGACGACGCAUGUAAAGUACUUCAGAUCGCUGUCUAUGAGCAGCUUUCUUCUGCUUCGUGUGCCAGUCGGGGGGGAAAAGGGUUAGAAAUAUUGGUUGGUAAUACUAUAAUUCUCAAAGGAUCUCACACUGUACUUGUAGUCAAAGAAAAAACGGAGGCUAUCGUUUUGGCUAUUAGAAAACGUAUUGUUUAAACUUGAGCUGAUUUUCAAAUAUGAUGUGGACGCACUUGAUAAAUGGCCUUAGUUGCACAGAAGUGUUCAUAUUCACUAUACUGUGCGCAGACCAACACAAUUUAAUUAUAAAGUAAUUUGUUAAUACGUUGUAAGGAUAGUAUUUAUUCACCAAGCUUAUUUAGGGACACCUAAUGACAGUACGCUAUUAUAUCAUAGAAUAACAAGCCUGUAGAGUUUGGUUCUUACCCUGUUUAAUGGAUCCCUGAGAAGACUUACUGAACUUCAUCUAUUUGAAAGUCAGUCUUGCGUUACCACACUUCCAAGUCUUGUAACAACAUGGUAUAUAGAGUAUUUAUGUUACAUUGGAAUAAUAUUUGCACUUGUGCACUUAAACAGUGAUUUCUACAGCUGAGGCCAGCUAGUUGUUUAAAUGACAAAAUAUGACCGAUUUAAAAACUGAAAAAGGGAGUCUAGGUGGGAAAUUUACCCAAUUUUUACAAACUGUUUUUACUUUUUUUUUUUUUAUUAUUACCCACUGUGCUCUGUGGUUGUACCAAUCACUGUAAAACCACCAAUCAGUAGUUUGAAGAGGGUCUCCAUCUCCGUAGAGCUAUGUCAAUGGUUGAAUACUUCUACUGUCUUCCUUAUCCUGGGAUAGGCCUGUAUGUUGUGUACAUGUCUUGUACUGCUCUUUGUGAUAGCUCUAUCCUAUUUCUCCUUGAGUAGGGUAGCCAUGGCCCAUGUGUCAAUGGGAUCAAACGUUUGGUACCUGCAUUGUCUGUUUGUUUCUGGCAAGCGUCAGUGGCAUUCAGGGAUAGACAUUCAUAGAUGCAUUUCAUAAUGACCUAUAAAUUGGUGAGGCCCAUGGUGACCCACAAUUCCACUAUACUCUUAGCUUCCCUUUCUGCAGUUACGCUAAAACAAUUAGACAGAGUUUAACCUUGCCUUUAUGUUCCUAAUGUCUAUGAAUGGGAAAUUACACUGCAGGUAGCUUUCCCCAUAAUGAUGUGUAUGUUCUAUCAUUCCCCUGACAUUCUUGACAAUCUUCAGACUGAAGGGAAAUCUCUUAGGAAGGAAGAUUAUUCUAAGGGUUCAUUUCAAUGCUGUUUAGAUUGCACUGAGUAUGCUGUCAGUGAAACAUGCUGAACCAAUAAAUGUUUGGUGAAAAACAAAAA